AUGGAAAGCUUUGAAUUGCUUUUGUCCAAUCAGCGACAGCGCUCCCUUUUCUUGGACCAAUCACCUCUGGCGCCACGACGCCGCUGCCUUUAUAAGGACGUUGUGCGCUCUGACGGCAACACAUAUUUUCUCUUUAGCAUAAAGAAGACGGUCGGUAAAACAUGGCAAGAACCAAGCAGACCGCUCGUAAGUCAACCGGUGGCAAAGCGCCAAGGAAGCAGCUCGCCACUAAAGCAGCCCGUAAGAGCGCUCCUGCAGUUUCCAGUCGGUCGUGUCCACCGUCUGCUGAGGAAGGGCAACUAUGCGGAGCGUGUGGGUGCUGGAGCCCCCGUUUAUCUGGCGGCUGUGCUCGAGUAUCUGACCGCUGAGAUCCUCGAGCUGGCCGGCAACGCUGCUCGGGACAAUAAGAAGACUCGUAUCAUUCCCCGUCACCUGCAGCUGGCUGUCCGCAACGACGAGGAGCUCAACAAACUGCUGGGCGGAGUGACCAUCGCUCAGGGCGGCGUGCUGCCAAACAUUCAGGCUGUUCUGUUGCCCAAAAAAACCGAGAAGCCCGCAAAGUCCAAGUAAACUUGUUCAUUCAGCUGGUACAGGCUGGACCCCAAAAAGGCUCUUUUCAGAGCCACAUCACUUGUAUUUAA